AUGGCAUCAAUUACAGCAUCAUCUAAAGUCCUUAUUGGUCAUUCAACAUUUAAUCGAUCGAUUGAAUCUCAUGGUAGUGCUCAUUCAGCUGACACAAAUUAUAAUGGAUGGCGUGGUGAAGGAGUAGUUGCCAAUGAAGAUAUUGGCACUCAAACAGAUAAUAGUGGUGGUGGUGGGAGUGGGAGUGUAACAAGUGGUGGAAAAACACUACUCAGUGAUUUAAAACGCCGAAAAGAAGAUGCAAUUUUAGACAUUAGUCUAGAAUCUAUGAAGUAUAAUGGAGCUAUCCCAUUUCGUCAAUUACAACGGCCCGAUCGUUUACCACGACAAAGUUCGCGUCAAAGCGAAUGUGACGGUUCGUUGGUUAGUGAUUUCAUGUCGAAUACAUCGCAGCCAGGUAUAUCAACAACUAAUAAUUCGAAUGUCGAUAAAAAGGCGCAUAUGUCACCAACGGCAAAUGCCGUUAAUUCAAAUGAUUUAACAUCUAUUGGUGUUAGUAUUCCUAUUCAAUCAAUACAUCCUCAUCAUAAAGUUAAUAAUGCCGAUGAUUCGUCUCGGCAAACACUCAUUCAAUCUCGUUCAGGCGAAAGCAAACGUGUCGAACGAACAUCACGUAAAGAAUGCUACCGUUUGGGCAGACGAAAAUUACUUUUUGAAAAGCGUCGUAAAGCAUCUGAUUAUGCUCUAUUGUUUGCCAUGGUUGGUCUUUUAUUAAUGGUGCUUGAACAAGAAUUCACUAUGGCUAAAGUUUACGACAAGAGCGACUGGUGCUCAGUGCUUCUCAAAUCGUUUAUAACUUUGUCCACAUUAGUCUUACUGGCUAUGAUUAUUUUCUAUCAUGCACUUGAAGUAAAAUUAUUUAUGAUUGAUAAUUGUUUGGACGAUUGGAGGAUUGCGAUGACAUGGCAACGUGUGUUACAAAUUGGUUCUGAAGUAUCGAUUUGUGCAAUUCAUCCAAUACCUGGUUCAAUAAUGUUUGACUGGACAACACAUAUGUCGAAUAAAGCUGAUUAUCAUUCGCAAAUUAAAACUGUUCCUGUUUAUAUUGAUAUUUUACUUUCAUUACCCAUGUUCUUUCGACUUUAUUUAAUAUGUCGCGUUAUGCUAUUGCAUAGCAAAUUAUUUACAGAUGCUUCAUCGAGAAGUAUCGGAGCUUUUAAUCGAAUUAAAUUUAAUACAAGAUUUGUAUUAAAAACAUUGAUGACAAUAUGCCCGGGAACAGUUUUACUUGUUUUUAUUCUGUCACUGUUUAUUAUUGCCAGCUGGACAUUAAGAGCGUGCGAGAGCAAUCAUGAUCCAAAACAUCAUGGCAAUCUCCUUAAUUCGAUGUGGUUAAUAGCUGUGACAUUUCUAGCUAUCGGCUAUGGAGACAUAGUACCAAACACUUAUUGUGGUCGAGCCAUUUGUGUUGUAUCCGGUUUGAUGGGUGUAUCUUGUACAGCAACAAUGGUUGCCGUACUUGCACGUAAACUUGAACUUACACGAGCAGAAAAACAUGUCCAUAAUUUUAUGAUGGACACACAAUUAACCAAAAGAUUAAAAAAUGCAGCAGCUAAUGUUCUACGUGAAACAUGGCUAAUAUAUAAGUAUACGAAACUUGUGAAAUAUGUUAAUACGUCUAAAGUACGAACACAUCAAAGAAAAUUUCUUCAAGCAAUUCAUAGUCUUCGAAAAGUUAAAUUAGAUCAAAGAAAACUAACAGAUAAUGUUAAUGCCGUAUCGGAUAUUGCUCGCUUGCAAUCAUCGGUAUAUGAUAUUGUUUCUCAAAUGCUAUCGAAUCAAUCGGUUCUCGAAACAAAAUUUCAUGAUUUAGAUACAAGAGUAAUGGCUUUACAGAAUCAAAUUGAAAACUUGCCUAAUUUAAUGGUAUCGACUAUUACUGAACAAAACAAUCGUUUAUGGGAACGGUUAGAAUCUCAUGUUCAAACACAAUUAAACACGAUCCGACAGCCAUUGCCAACUAUAUCCGUGACUUGUCCUCAACGGCAAAACACCGUGUGA